AUGGAGAAUGAGUCAUGCGGAGGACGUGUCGUGAUCAAUAUCAGUGGUGUGAUAUACGAAACCAGAUUAACAACACUAGCAAGAUUUCCACAUACUUUACUAGGAAGCUCAGAAAAAAGAAAACAAUAUUAUGAUAGCAAUUCCAAGCAAUAUUUUUUCAACAGAAACAGACAAAGUUUUGAAGCAAUUCUUUACUACUACCAAUCUCAAGGACGACUCAGCAAGCCUCCAGAUAUGCCCUUCGAUGUAUUUAAAAAAGAAGUUGAAUUUUUUCAACUAGGAGAUGAAGUCUUAGACAAACUAUUUCGGAAGGAAGGUUAUGUAUUUGACGGACCACGACGGUUGCCAGAAAACCAGUUUCAAAAACAGGUUUGGGAAUGUUUAGAAUAUCCCGAUACUUCAAAGAUGGCGAAUAUUCUGACCGUGACGUCACUGACUAUAAUUAUUGCGUCAGUACUUCUGACUAUCGGUAUGACUGUGAAUAACACGAAUCCAAGUGUGAUACCAGAACACAGCCUAGGAGAUUACAACUUCACUCCUGACAACUCUCAGGUUUCUCAAGGUUAUAUGUGGUAUAGUAACAAACAAAUUUGGUAUACCCUAGAAGUUGUCAUAAACUGCCUCUUUGCAUUUGAAUAUCUAUUACGAUUUGGAUUUUCUCCUGACAAAUGGAACUUUGUAAAGUCUCCGCUAAACAUAGUUGAUCUUCUGGCAUUUCUACCUUAUAUGGUCAUGCUUGCCUUGCCUGCAGGCUCAGUUAACGUUUCCGCCGUGUCUGCCUUUCACAUUCUAAGAAUUGUGAGGAUUUUUCGUAUCUUCAAGAUUUCUCGUUACUCCCGACGUUUGAAAGUGAUUGGAUAUUGUCUGCUUGAGAGUGUGCAAGACCUUGGUUUGUUUAUGAUAUGUUUGGUUAUUAUAACUAUCCUCGCAUCAAGUCUUUUGCAUUAUAUCGAAGGUGAAAACAUGGACAGUCCAUUUAACAGUAUACCAUCAACAUUUUGGUUUAUUAUACAGACUAUAUCUACCAUAGGUUAUGGUGAUGAAAUACCAUUAACUCCAUUGGGUAAACUGGCAACAUGUGCUGUGGCUGUGUUUGGUGUGAUCACCCUAGCACUACCAGUACUGAGUUUUGUAGCUCAUUUCAAUACUUUAUAUUGUCAGAAUAUUGACUAA